AUGCAGCUGCUCCUCCCGGCUGCUGUCCUGUGCCUGCUGGGCUCCUGCUGCCUCCGGGGAGCGGGGGCUCGGGAAUGCGAGUCCAUCCUCACGGUGCCCAACGGAGGCCCCUGGGGCUCUUGGGGGCACCAACACUUUUGUCCCAGCGGCUACACUAAGGGAUUCCAAUUGAAGGUGCAGCCCUACCAGGGAUUUUGGCUGUUUGGUGAUGACACAGCUCUGAAUGGCAUCCGCCUGCUCUGCACGGACGGCACAAUCAUCGAGUCCACCGUGGGGAGGUGGGGAAACUGGACCAAGGUUCAGUUCUGCCCCAGCAACAAGCUGGUUUCCUUCUCCCUGCGUGUGGAAAAGAAGCAGCACCUGCUUGACGACACGGCGGCCAACAACGUGAGGUUUGCCUGCUCGGAUGGGACAGAGCUGGAGGGCUGGGGACUUUCAGGGGGUCACUUCGGCCCAUGGAGCGAAAGAUGCACCUUGGGGUCCAUCUGUGGGCUCCAGACAAAGGUGGAGGAACCCCAGGGAAUACGGGAUGACACAGCUCUCAAUGACGUGAGAGCCUUCUGCUGUGAAUGA